GGGGUCACGUGAUAAGUCUCCACACACACGACACCAGUUGAGAGCGCGAGAGCAUUCAGAAGUUUGGUCGUUUUAAGAAAAAUAGGUUUAAUAACACAAUAACUAUAGAUAUAUCAUGGCGAGCACAACUUUUGUAGUGGCUGUAUCGGUCAUGACUGUGUUUUGGGGUCUUGUUGGUGGAGUUAUUCCGUGGUUUAUUCCCAAAGGACCGAAUCGAGGAGUCAUUGUGACCAUGCUGGUAUUAACUGCUGUGUGUUGCUACCUAUUCUGGCUGAUUGCUAUUCUUGCACAGCUCAACCCACUGCUUGGACCAUCGCUGAAGAAUGAUACCAUCUGGUACCUUUACUAUCAUUGGCCGUAAGAUCCAUCAUUGGAAUACUUUGAAAGAGUCUAAACCAGAUGCUGGAAGCAUGUACAUUGCCAAAACAGAACACAGCUCACCAAUGCCUUUUGUGAAAGAUCCUUUCAGGUGAAGCUUUACAUGCUGUUCUCUUAAUCCAAGAAUGAAAAUUGUGUAAUAAGAUCUGUGUUCAUAUAUUUAUAUGAUUUCUUUUUAAUACAAACAAUAUGCAAUAAAAUGUUGCCUUUUUGUUUUGUUUGUAUUAUACAUUGCUUUUGUGUUGUGCAUAGUUUGUUAAAUAACCUAAUUAUUAUGUUGGACAAAAUAACUAGUCCUUUCUUUUGUAUAUGUAUGAUUCUGUAUGUCUAAUAAAAUCAUUAAAAAGGGA